CAUUAUAUCCCCCCACUCCCUUCCCCACACUCAACUCACUCACAAACAAUGGAUCAUCAUCUCCUCCUCCUCUCUCUCCUUCUCCUCCUCUCCUCCGCCGUCGCCUCCACCGUAACCGACGCCGGCGAUCCUCUCAUACGACAAGUCGUACCGGGCGCGGCCGAGGAUGACGAGCUCCUCCACGCGGAGCGUCACUUCUCGAACUUCAAAGCCACGUUCGGAAAGAGCUACGCGAGCCAGGAGGAGCACGACUACAGGUUCGGCGUAUUCAAGGCCAACCUCCGCCGGGCGAAGAGGCACCAGGGGCUGGACCCCACCGCCGUGCACGGUGUCACGAAAUUCUCCGAUCUCACUCCCAAGGAGUUUCGCCGGAAUUUCCUCGGGCUUAAGAAGCGUCGACUUCGGUUACCGGCCGACGCUAACAAGGCGCCGAUCCUUCCGACGAAUGAUCUUCCCACCGAGUUUGACUGGCGCGAGAAAGGUGCCGUCACGCCGGUGAAGGACCAGGGUGCAUGUGGAUCAUGCUGGUCGUUUAGUGCGGCCGGAGCACUGGAAGGAGCUCAUUAUUUGACAACAGGGGAGCUUGUGAGUCUGAGUGAGCAGCAGCUUGUGGACUGUGAUCAUGAGUGUGAUCCAGAAGAAUAUGGUUCGUGUGACUCUGGCUGUAGUGGUGGACUAAUGACCAAUGCCUUUGAGUACGCACUCAAGGCUGGGGGUUUGGAGCAAGAGAAAGACUACCCUUACACUGGGACAGAUCGCGGUACCUGCAAAUUUGACAAGAGCAAAGUUGUUGCUACUGUCUCCAACUUCAGCGUUGUUUCACUUGACGAAGAUCAAAUUGCUGCAAAUUUGGUCCACAAUGGCCCUCUUGCAAUUGGCAUCAAUGCAGUGUUCAUGCAAACAUACAUUGGGGGAGUCUCAUGCCCUUAUAUCUGCGGAAAAAAUCAUCUGGAUCAUGGGGUGCUUCUGGUGGGUUACGGCUCCUCUGGCUACGCUCCAAUCCGAUUCAAGGAGAAGCCUUACUGGAUCAUAAAGAAUUCAUGGGGACAGAGUUGGGGAGAGGAAGGGUAUUACAAGAUAUGCAGGGGUCGUAAUGUGUGUGGGGUGGAUAGCAUGGUCUCUACUGUUGCUGCUAUGCACACAUGAAAGCAGAACCAUUAGGAAAUGAAGGAGUUUAUUUACUGUAUUAGACUCUUUUUUUUUGGUUCAAGAAUUAUUUGCUGUAUUAGACAUUUAGACUCGUGGGGCUAUUGUACAUGUAAUCCUAUGAUCUCCUAGAUGAUAAUUUCAGGAGAAUCUGUAAUAAGUCUGGUUGUCUUAUGUUGAACUUGUAUAGUAAUAGACUCUUGUGAUAAUUGUGUCAUUUUUACUAGGGUAUGAUAUUUUAAGCUUAUGCUAUGAACUUGGAGUAUUAUAUGCAGGUGCCUGAGUUCUUCACCCUAGUCCCCAGCUUCCCAUCUCUUGGAUUAAAAGUUUAGCCCAGGACGAUCUUAAUGAUUUUUGUGGGCUUAUUUCGGUGGUGACUGGUCCUUUU